GUUGUGAGUAAUGUACGUGGUUUCUUCGUGGUAUAACUUACACAGUAGGAGUCGUCAGAAGUAGUAUUACGUUCAAGUGUAGAUAUAUCUUUCUUCUUGGAAAAUUAAACCUGAUGUAAGCUUAAAUUUACGUUUCAUAUAACAGAGGAAUACUAGAUACACUGGUUGUGUUAUAGCGACUGUGAAAAUCAUAGGGUGUCUUAUCCUGCGUGUUAAGUCAUGCCGAACACGAUUAGAAGAUUUGCCCGACUGAUUGUCAAGCGGCUACGUCGUGUGACGUCAUCAACAUCCUCCCCACCGGUUGGACGGGCGGUCGGUGAUUCAAAUCAUGAACAACAAGAUAUUCAAGAUGGCGUCGAAACAGAGAAUUUCAACGUCGCCGAAAUUCAAAAUCAUGCGUCAUUCGAUGACGUCAACGCAAAGUCCCCGUCGUCAAGUUGCGUGCAUCUAAAAUUGGAAGAAUGCUCGUCAGCGGAAGACUCGUCGGAGAACGAAAAGGAAGAUGCGAUCCGGGAGAGCGAGGAGGAGGAGGCAGCGGAGGACCUGGAUACGAUGCGAAGCCUCCGGAUCGAGGAUGCUCUAAACGAAUCACGGAAGAUGCAGGACGCCCUGGAAACUCGACCGAAAACGGUCAACGGUCGUCGCCUAAUGAAGGAAUUUCGCUUUUUGAGGAAGGCGAGCGAAGAUAGCGAAGGCGCAUUUGAAGUGUUUCCUUAUUCUGAAGACGGAGAAGGCAACGACUUGAGCGAAUGGGACAUCAGGUACUACAAGUUUGACGAGUCCUCGCAUCUCUGGCGCUCCAUGCAAGACCAUGGAAUCGACUGUGUCCGCUUCCGUAUUUCGUUUCCCGCGGAUUUUCCAUUCUCCCCACCCUUUGUACGGCUGGUCAGUCCAUACAUUGAGAACGGGUUCGUGAUGAACGGCGGCGCCAUUUGCUUGGAAGUGCUGACUGCACAGGGCUGGUCUAGCGCCUACACAGUCGAGGCGCUGCUUGUUCAAGUCGCAGCCGCUUUAGCUCACGGGGGAGCUGUCGUGAGCAAGCACCAGAAACGAAAACAGCACAAACUAACGAAAAAACGAGCCGAGGCCGAGUUCCAGCGUAUUGUAAAGAUACAUAGCAAAUAUGGAUGGGUCAAACUCGAUAAAGAAGAAGGUUAAGCGCAUAUAACCUAAACUCUUGUUUAUUUUUCACAUUGUCCCGUCGCUACUACCCCAAAGGAACGUUGCGGGUAACCAGUAUCCGUUUGAUUCCAUUCUUUGUCUUAUAACUUGUUCUACACAUAGUAUUUAUCCGCAGUGGUGACGUAUUUGCAGCGAACUUCGUCUCACUUUGCUGCAAUCAGAAAAGGAAGUUUUUUUUAUCUAUGUAGAGGUGCUACUUUUGAAACACUGGAAACUGCAAAGCCACGGUUUGUUGCUGCUCGGCACAAAAGUAAUAUAUGGUCAGUAGCUGCAUUCCACAACAACAAAGAAGUUAAUUUUCUCGCCAUUUCACUGUGGAACCAACUUCGGCCAUUCCCUCGAAUCAAAUAAACGUACACCGUUUCCAAUACUUUGCUGUGAAUUGCAUUGCUUAUAACAUGCUUCUUAAACGUUGUGUCCAUAUAUAGUCGUUGGUGAGUUCCAACACUUUAAGUUUUUUCGCAAUGCGAGGACGAAAAUGAGCUUAUAUCUAUUAUGGGAAAUGAUCAAUAUAACGUAGAUUGCUGCAGGUUUGGCUCUUAUUUCACUUAUCGUUGUCUUCUUUCACGCUUCUAGCUGUGCGUAGCCCCCUUGGGACUAUUUCUGUGUAUUUAUUUCACCGCCGUUCCUUUUUUCAAUAAACGUUGGCGGCUUUUCCUGCCCACCCCCAAA